AUGUGGACGACAAUCAUGUCCUCGCCCAGGACUGCGGAGCUGGCGCAGCUGCUGCUCCUCGAUGUGCUGGGGAGCUGGCCAGAGCACAGCAUGCGCACCUCCGAUGGCGACGACACAGAUGUCUUUGCCCUGGCUGUGUACUUCAGCACAUUGGAUACGCCAGAGGAGGUCAAUACCUUCUGGAAGGGAUGCCAGGAGGAACACGGCCUUGCCACCAACCCCAGCAGGUUUGCAGUGCGGACCCUGAAGGCCCUGCUCUGCCUUCUCCAGUGUGAGCACGUGGUGAUGGCAAUGGAGCGCAAGCGUGGCUGGGACACGCUGCUCUGUGCCGACACCCACCACUAUGCAGUGGGUCUGCUGGCCAGGGAGAUGAACCAAGCAUCGCUGCACUUGUGUAAAAGCAUCUUAUGCUGUCUCCUUGAGAUGCUCAGCAAAGAGAUGCCAUACUGGGAUUUCCCCGCCCUGGCGUUCCUUGUGGAGGUCCUCGAGUGCCUGGACCUGAGUGAAUGCGGUGACAGCAUAAUGGACGUCGUAACAAGACACCUGAAGAGCGAGCGCAGGGAGAUGCGUCGCCUGGCACUCAGGGUCCUCCUCUUGCUCAGGGAUGAUCCCUCAAUGGCCGAAAGAAUGUGGAGCCUGACUAAAAGCCUUGUGGUGCUCCUGCGGGAUAGCGACAACGACGUGGUUAGGAUGACCGUCGUUCUCCUGACUUAUUUCUUCCUGGACAAGGAUGCCCCGAUACCGAGCCCCAUCGCCCUGCAGCUGGCUGAGGCCCUCCUGCCACUCUUUGACAACGAUGACAGCCAGGUGCAGCUGCUCUCCAUGUUUGUCUUCAGAACACUGAUGUCUUUUGUCAUAGAAAAAGAGCCCCUGAAAACACAAGUGUGCCAGAGCCUGCUCCCACUCUUCUUCCACUGCCACGAUGAGAACCAGCACGUGGCAGAGGUGAGGACUCGUGCCCCGGCAUGGAGAUGGGCUGCCUCCUGCCCUGGCGCCUCGCGGGCUUCAGCCUCCUCCUGGCCUUGGCACAGGGACGCGCGCGUCCCAUGCCCUGGGCUGUGGUGCCAUCUCCGGGUCUCUGCUGCUCGCCAGGCUUCUCAGGAAACGCUGCUUUGUGCGGUCCAGUUCCUGAAGAGGAGAGAUCUCGAAAAGCUGGUGAAGAAGGAGAAGCUGUGGAAGUUCGCCGAGUGCCUGCUGGCAGAGGACAGGAGCCAAGCGGCCGAGCACCUGCGCCUGGCCCUGCCGUACCUGGAGAACCCGCAGGAGCCCCUGCGAGAGGCGGCCGUCAGGUUCAUGGAGAUUGCCGGGCGGAGCAUGAGGGGGCAGCACAAAGAGCUCCAGCUCAUGUGCAAAGCCCUUGAACACCUGACAGAGGACAUCAGCCCUGCUGUCUCCAACCUGGCACUUCAAACAUUGUACGUUCUCCGGUCACUAGAGACGUCUCGAUACUCCAUAUUCCGGAGGCUGCAGGAUCAACUCCGCAGGGCAUGGAAGACACGGCCUCGGCUGUCGAGCCUUGGCCGGCUGUGUUUCUGGAGCUCUGCGGAGAGCUGAUCUGGGAGGCUCUGCCUGCUGGGGCCACCUGAGCC